ACAAAAAUUGCCGGCUGAAACACUCAGCAGCAAUCAUAUACUUACUUACCCCCAACUUGAUUCAAUUAUAUAUAUAUACAUAAACACACACAUAUAUAUAUAUAUUAUUUGGGAUUUCAGAUCUUAAAGUUCAUUUGAGCGACCUUUUGUCAUUCAAGAUUCAGAUAAAAUAUCCGGUUUGGAUAAUUCUUGAUCUUGAAGUCACUUGGCAGGGUGUUUGUUUAUAGUUUUGACCUCGGUGCUCAUUGUUAGAAAGGGAUUACUAAACUUGCGGAUAUAAUCGUGUAACACAUGGUAUUUAAAUGAAACUAUCAAAAGAGUGGCGUAUAGGCAUGAAGGACAUGCAACAAAUAUUGCCUCCGCCCCGCAACCGUGGUCAACUAAAAAAACCAACGUGGAUAAUCGUCUUGCUUUUGUUGGUUUGCGUGUUUUUAGUUCUGUCUUAUAUCCAUCCACCUCAAACAUCUGGCUCGUGCUAUAUCUUCUCGGCCUCUAGUUGCGAAACGUUUUCCAGUUGGCUUCCACCUUCCUUUAGAGUAUUAAGCGAUGACGAAAUUGCAUCUAGCGUGGUCAUUAACAACAUUUUGAACACACCUCCGAUAGACUCCAAAAAUCCCAAGAUUGCUUUCAUGUUUUUGAGCGUUGGAUCGUUACCUUUCGAGAAGCUGUGGGGCAAAUUUUUUCAGGGUCACGAAGGUCGAUUUUCGAUCUAUAUUCAUGCAUCCCGGGACAAACCAGUCCACACUAGCCCUUACUUUGUCAACAGGGAAAUUCGUAGUGACAAGGUAGAGUGGGGGACGGUUUCUAUGGUUGAUGCAGAAAAACGACUUUUGGCAAAUGCGCUCAAGGACCCUGAUAAUCAACAUUUCGUAUUACUUUCCGACAGCUGUGUACCAUUGCGUGAUUUUGAUUACGUGUACGACUAUCUUAUGAACACAAAUAUCAGCUUCAUUGACAGCUUCACGGAUCCUGGCCCACAUGGAAGUGGCAGGUACUCUCAACACAUGUUACCUGAAGUCGAGAAAAAAUUCUUCAGGAAGGGUGCUCAGUGGUUCACGAUGAAGCGUCAACAUGCAGUUGUAGUUCUGGCCGAUAAUCUCUAUUAUACAAAAUUCCGAGAUUAUUGCAAGCCUGGUAUGGAUGGAUCAAUCAAUUGCUAUGCUGAUGAACACUACUUGCCUACCUUUUUCCACAUGCACGAUCCUAACGGGAUUGCAAACUGGUCGGUUACACACGUUGAUUGGUCCGAAAGAAAAUGGCAUCCGAAAUCUUAUGAGAAGAAGGAUGUUUCCGAACAGCUCCUCAAAAACAUCACAUCCAUCACCGAAAGUGUUCAUGUUACAAGUGAAGAAAGGAGGGAAACCAUGAUCAUGCCUUGCAUGUGGAAUGGGAUGAACCGGCCAUGUUACUUAUUCGCGAGAAAGUUCUUACCCGAGACUCAAGACAGCAUGAUCGAGCUAUUCUCAAACUAUACAACUAAACAAUGAGAUUCUUGUUUCUGAUUCUUUGGUUGGAUUUGAUCCAGCCCAUUUUCACAUUGUUGUAAAGCUUAUCUUACAAAGGGAUCGUACGGGUCGGGCUCACUGUAAGGGUACAGAAGAAGAAAGGUAUGGGAGAAAGGAUGUUCAUGUUAUUAGUUCUUUAAAUUUUUUAAUUUAAACCCUUCAUUUUGGGCAAUAUUUGUAUCAUUUAUGGGACUGUGAUUCGUCACACGAUUAAUUUAAGGUUUUAGAGAAAUACUUUUGUACUCAUUUGUAAAUCUUGUAUUGAUUAUUUAACUCGAGAUACCGUGUUAUGUGUAAAUGUUUCUUAUAAACGUUUUUACUC